AUGAACUGGGCAUUUUUGCAGGGCCUCCUGAGUGGCGUGAACAAGUACUCCACGGCGCUGAGCCGCAUCUGGCUGUCGGUGGUCUUCAUCUUCCGCGUGCUGGUGUACGUGGUGGCAGCCGAGGAGGUGUGGGACGAUGAGCAGAAGGACUUCAUCUGCAACACCAAGCAGCCAGGCUGUCCCAACGUCUGCUACGAUGAGUUCUUCCCCGUGUCCCACGUGCGCCUCUGGGCCCUGCAGCUCAUCCUGGUCACGUGCCCCUCGCUGCUCGUGGUCAUGCACGUGGCCUACCGCGAGGCUCGGGAGAAGAAGCACCGCCUGAAGCACGGGCCCAACGCCCCGUCCCUGUACGACAACCCGAGCAAGAAGCGGGGUGGGCUCUGGUGGACGUACUUGCUGAGUCUCAUCUUCAAGGCCGCUGUCGACUCCGGCUUCCUCUACAUCUUCCACCGCCUCUACCAGGAUUAUGACAUGCCCCGCGUGGUGGCCUGCUCCGUGUCACCCUGCCCCCACACUGUGGACUGUUACAUCUCCCGCCCAACAGAGAAGAAGGUCUUCACCUACUUCAUGGUGACCACAGCUGCCAUCUGCAUCCUGCUCAAUCUCAGUGAGGUCUUCUAUCUGGUGGGCAAGAAGUGCCUGGAGGUCUUCAGCCCCAGGCGCCGGCGGUCUCGGCGCCAGGGUCAUCUACCUGAUACGUGCCCACCAUAUGUCCUUUCCCAGAAAGGGAACCCCCAAGAUGAGAUCUCUGUCUUAACGAAGGCUGGGUCAGCCCCUAUGGCUGUAGAUGGGUACCCAUAA